AUGGAAAAUUAUCUCAUCUCGCGGUUAAUAGGCAAAGGCAAUUUCGGGCAAGGAUUAUAAGGGAAGACUCUCAAGAAGCAAUUCGAUUGCAGCUCUCAAAUUUAUAAGCAAGAAAAGGAAGUCAGAGAAAGAUUUAGAAAUUUGAGAUAAGUAUUGAGAAGAUUGAUACAUGAAAAUAUCAUAUUAUUAUUAGAUGUAUUCAAGAUUCAAGUGAAUUUUUGUUUAUUCACAGAAAAUAAUGUUUAAUUUGGACAAGGUGAAAUUUUUGAAAUUUGGAACGAUGCAACUUAUAAUAAAUUAAAGCUAGACACAUAGCAUAAUAAUUAAAUACUCCAUAGAGAAAUGAAACCAUACAACAUUUUAAUUUCUGCUGAUGAAGGUAAUUGCAAAAACACUCGAGCUAUUCAUUCAAUUAAAGCAACUUCACUUUACACGACACCAAAAUUAAUCUAAGAAUAAUCUUAUGAUCACACAGUCGAUAUGAAGUUUGGGAGUCAUACUUUAUUAAAUAUUUGUUGGAAAACCCUCCUUAAUGGUCUGGUAAAAAGAUCUUUGACUCCGACUCUUGAGAGUAAGAUUAUUUUAAAGAUAAUCCUUAUGUAUCUCCAAAAAAUAUGCCCUUUUAUGAUGAGUUUUGGGUUAGUUGUGAAUAAAAUACCAAUGAUGAUCAAGGUGCUACUUAAUUAAGAUGUGAGCCUCAAUUUUUGGAUAAAUUAUCAUUUAAAGAUUUAUAAUUAUUAGGUUGAAUAAUAAAAUUUAAUCAAAAUUUCAAGUUUAGGAAUUUUACUCUAAUUUAUUAGAAUUAAGAAGGAUUUUCAAACGUCUUAAGAAAUUCUAAAUCAAUCUCUCAUAUCACAAAAGCCUUAAUUCUAAUUCACUACUAUGUUAAUUCUAGUUCAAUAAUUUAAAAAUAAAAGCUAUUAAUAUGAAAUCAAUUUGUUAUAAGUAAUAAGUAUUUUGAUAACAAUGUUUAAAACAAUCCUAUUGUAUCUUUAUCGGCAAUCUGAUUGUACCUUAAGAGCUAAAGUCUGCAAAUUGAUUGGAAAAGAUCAAAUUCCUCUUAUUUAAUGA